AUGUGGCCCUCUCCGUCUCUGUGGACUCUCGCUGGUACGGCUGCUCUGUUUACGCUGUCAUUGGGCCAAUUCCCUCCGACGCCUGAUGGGGUGACGUUCCUCGAGUCAAAGUUUGACGAGAACAUCACAAUUAGCUACAAGGAGCCUGGUCUCUGCGAGACAACCGAAGGAGUCAAGUCGUAUGCUGGCUACAUCCAUCUCCCUCCUGGGACCCUCGAAGGCGUGGGCCAGGAGCAAGAUUACACUAUAAACACCUUCUUCUGGUUCUUUGAGGCAAAGAAUGACCCUGAAAAUGCGCCCCUGUCCAUAUGGAUGAAUGGCGGGCCUGGGAGCUCUUCUAUGCCGGGUAUUUUUAAUGAGAAUGGACCAUGCUACAUCAACAAGGACUCCAAUUCCACGAGUCUCAGAGAGUGGUCAUGGAACGACAAUGUGAACAUGCUUUACAUUGAUCAGCCAGUCCAGGUUGGGUUCUCGUACGACUCCCUCCGGAACGUCACCGUGGACCUGUUCGGCGGCAUACAGACCCUGAAUACUUCAGAUCCCAUACCGGAGCAGAAUGUAACCUUCCAGACAGGCACCUACGCGAGCGGGAACCGCAACACAACGAGCUGGGGCAGCCGCAACGCCGCCAUUGCAUUAUGGCAUUUCUCGCAGGUCUGGUUCCAGGAAUUCCCGGGCUACCACCCCAACGACAACCGCAUUAGCAUUGCGACGCAGUCCUACGGCGGGCGCUACGGGCCGGCAUUCGCGGCCUACUUCCAGGAGCAGAACGAGAAGAUCCAGAAUGGCACCUGGAACGGUACUGAGGGCGAGAGGUACGUCCUAGACCUCGACACGCUGCUCAUCGUCAACGGCUGUAUCGACCGCCGGGUCCAGUGGCCAUCGUACCCGGAGAUGGCGUUCAACAAUACAUAUGGGAUCGAGACGGUCAACGAGACGGUUUACGAAGGCAUGGUAGAUGCGUAUUACCGCGAGGGCGGGUGCCGCGAUCGGAUCGACGUCUGUCGCGAGGUUUCUGCGGUUUAUGAUCCUGAAAACAUUGGCAUCAAUGCUACGGUCAACAGUAUCUGCGAGGAUGCUGAGACGUUCUGUACAAACUAUGUCCGAGACCCGUACCUCGACAUAUCUGGCCGCGACUACUACGACGUGACCCAAGUCGACCCAACGCUGUUCCCGCCUCCUUUCACCCCGGGCUAUCUCAACCAGCCAUGGGUCCAGGCAGGCCUCGGAGUCCCACUGAACUUCAGCGGCAGCUCGUCGGCAUCCUCGUCAGCCUUCCGCGGCAUCGGUGACUAUCCCCGCCCAGGCUGGAUCGAGGACAUCGCAUACCUCCUGCACAGCGGGAUCAAGGUCUCGCUGAUCUACGGCGACCGAGACUUCGCCUGCAACUGGAUCGGCGGCGAGCAGGUUUCCCUAGCCAUCCCAUGGGCAGACCAGGAGAACUUUGCCGCAGCGGGCUACGAGCCGCUCUUGACCAACGCCAGCUAUGAAGGCGGCCAGGUGCGGCAGUACGGAAAUCUCUCGUUCAUCAGGGUAUACCAGGCCGGACAUGCUGUACCGUCCUACCAGCCCGAGUCGGCCUACCGCAUCUUCAACCGGGCCCUUUUCAACCGCGACAUCGCUACCGGCGAGAUCGACACGGCAGCGGACCCGACAUACGGCACCGAGGGACCGUCCGACACGUUCGCCAUCCGAAACGAGUUGCCUCCACAGUACGAGGACUUCUGCUACAUCCUCGACCCCAGCACGUGCACAAGCGAGCAGGUGGCCGCUCUGCGUAACGGCUCUGCCGUCAUCAAAGACUACAUCGUGGUCGAGCCGCCGUAUGCUGAGACCGUUGCGGCUGGUGGUGCCAGGCUUGCACCAAGAGCUAUUUACAUACAAGAACGACAUUAUCUCAACAUACAGAACUUUGAUAUCUAA